CCAAAAACCUACAAAUACCGACCGUCGCUUGGGCACACCCCUCUUACCACCCCACGCCCCAAACCACCAGCCGACUGCAACCGAAUUGUUACAGAAAGACAUGACGGAUACCCAUUCGGCAGCACCGUCGCAACCGCUUGACGACGACUACGCCGCGAACGACGACAAAGCAGGCGCAGACGCGGACGGCGACCCGACGGAUGCAGACUCGAGUCGUCUUCACACGCCUGGCCGCGCUGAGGAAGAUGGGUCUGGAGGACAUUUGCAGCCGCCGGUGCUGAAUGAUCAGAGCCAGGAGGGUGGGGAGACGGGUGGUCUGGAUAGCGGCGAUGCACGGGAAUCAGACGCUCUGGUGGAACAGCGAUCCGGUGCGGAACGAGAUCCUGCUGGUCUCCCGACAAGGCACGAUGAAUUUCCGGUUGAGGGGUCGAAUGAGAAUACAGAAGAUGCACAGGCGAUUGUCUCCGGGGAGGUCCCGUUACAGGAAGCAGGAUCGAGUGAGUCGUCUGCAGGUCUGGAUGUCGUGGAUCGAGAUGAGGACCAGGCAUCAUCGGAUCUGAUAAAUGAUGACGAUGGGGAGGAUGGUACCGGGGUCUAUUCUGAUGCUGGAGAGGCGGAAGCAACGGCGGCGGAAACUGCGGAGAGGCCCACAGUGGAGAGUGGGGGAGCAACCGCAAAUGCGGAGAACGUAAAUGUUGAUGGGAAAAGCCGGGAUGAGGAUAGGGCAGGGGAGGCUCCUUCUGAAUCUCAGGAAAAGGCCACAAAAGAGGGGCUGGAGCCAAACAAAGCCGAAGCACCGCAAAACGCACCACAGAGCUCUUCAGACCUGGCUGAACCAUCAGCUGUGAAUGAGGCGGGGGAGCAGCCGGCGGCGGGAGAUGGAGCGCAAGCGGUGGAGAUCGAUGAGCCAGUGCACCCAAACGGGAUCGAGGCGCUGGCUUCUGAGGAUGUUGAAGCCAUUCCUCAUGUGACAGGAAUAGAAGCGACCGAGAGUGCACCCGUACCUGGAUAUGAGGACACCUCUUAUGAGGCAUUGGAACAUGGAGGAGACGCCCGAGCUCCAGAGGCCUUACAAGGUGCAGAUGCGCCGAAGCUCAUAUCACAACGGGCUUUGGAGUACGCCCCGAGCUGCCCAGACAUUUCUGCGCUAUUGGACCCACCGCCGAUUGAGAUAUCACAGCAGAUAGAAUCGAGUACCGGCCCCGAGAAUCCCAACCUCGCAUCUAAUUUCGACCACCAUGAGCAGACACCGCAUCUUACCGGAUCCCUCCCCUCCGCUGACCUCCUAACCAGCACAUCCUCAACCUCCAUGGACGCCCUCUCAGCCACAAACCCCGACGAAAGAACGCAACCGCAUACGCUGAUGUACACCCGCGGCGGCGCGACAUCAGCGGACGGGACCGACCCCACAUUGGAUAUCUUACGGGCGCUGGAAGUCAGAUUGGACGCACUCAAUCGGGAAAACGCAGAGCUCCAAUCUCGCCUAACCCUCCAAACGCAGCAAGCCGCCCAGAUCGACCACCUAACCGCCGCCAACGCCCGACUCACGCAAGACUACGAGACCGCGACGCUGGAGAAACGGGCGCUGUUCAAGGAGGUGCAGGAUCUGACGACUACGUUGGGGUAUCUGAGGAACAAGCUGGAGGAGGCGGAAGCGAAGUUGGCAUCCAACGACGCCCUCCGGCACGCCGAAGAGCGGUGCGCCAAACUCCAGCACGAGAACGAGGCGUUACGUGCCCAGAAACUCCAGCUGCUGGAUAAGGCCCUCGACCUGAAACUCAAGCUCAAAGACUCCGCUUACACUACAAGCACCACAUCGUCCUCAUCGUCCACGUCGUCGCGGAUCGCGGUGACGGGGGGGAGGAUCCCGUUGAAGCAGCGGUAUAAUAAGUUGCCGGAGAUCGGCGGUGGGGGGGCGGGGAGCGCGAGGGGGAGUAGGGGGGCUUUGAAUGGGGUUGGGAGCGGGAGGUGA